AUGACAGUCUUUAGUUUUAGUAAAGCUGCUGCUUUUGUGCACCCGAUCAAGACACGCGUGCGGCUCAUGUCGAUGACGAACCGAACCCGCUUGAACAGCAUCCGCUCACCUGGGCGGGCGGCGGAACCUGUUUUGAUCCUAGGGGCUUCACCACUGCUCGGUUGGCCUUGCAUAUGGAGGUUGAGGCAGGUCGACGAUUUCGCCAACCUGCAGGUCGCGGAUAGCAUCUAUAGUGUCGAGAAGCUUCCGAGCGUCGGCGUCGUUGAGUUGAUCAAUGACGAUUUUGUCGAAUCCAGCAGUUUCUGUCGCCGCCUCUGA